GAUGGGCCGAAUGGUCUAAUGCGGCUUCUACAACGUAUGUAAGUUUUAGAAGGGCGUUGUGGGGCAAAAGCGGGCAAGUGGGACUUAGGUUAGAUGGAGCACCUGGCUCGGUUGGCAUGGACAUGUUGGGCUGAAGGGCCUGUUUCCACGCUGUACGACUCUAUCUAGCCCUUCCAUGCAGAUGUCGGCGAACCUUCUCCGAGAAGGCUUGUUCAUUUUCACAGCGAAGUGCUCCGGGCGCCGUUCCUCCUUCCUCUCUCCCUCUCUUUCUCUCGCCUCUAAAUGUUUGCAAAUAUCUCCCGAUUUAGUCGAAGAGGAGGCAAAUUGACUGGCGGGGUAAGUCAAAUGGGCGUGAGGGUGGGCGGACAAUGUCCCAGCAACCGUUUCCUGGAAAGGGCAGUCUGUACCCACCAGAUACGUGGUUUUGCAAACCGACCUCUUAUAAGAGGCUCCCGACAGAACUCCCUUCAAAGCCUCCACGGAUACACGCAGAGGGGACUCGGUCGGAGAUAAGAGACACAAAUAGGUAUACAGACAGAUGCUCGCGUUUUCCAGCGGAGAUCGUGAUCUCGGGGCAAGGACUCUAGAGUGAAGCUCUCAAUAAUCACAACAGCUCUGUGAAACACCGCGUACCAGGAGAGUCGGGGUCCUGGGCGGAAAUUAUUGGAACUGGGGACGACUCUGGUAAAGAAACCGCUGGUCUUCAGCCUGAUGGGGAAAGCGUACGCCUGCAACGCGACCCUGCCGACCCAAAACAACUGCACCAACGUCAGCAUGCACGCCUCCCCGUGGUUUUCAACCGUGUUCUCAGCUGUCGGACUCCUCUCCAACCUCAUCGCGCUGGUGGUCCUCAUCAGCGCUUACAGAAAAGCACGGAGCCGCUCGAGGUCUUCCUUCUUGAUCUUCCUUUGCGGCCUGGUGUUGACGGAUUUUCUCGGCCUCGCCACCACCUCGUCCAUUGUCCUGACCUACCACCACACCGCGUUCCGCUGGCACGAAGUGGACCCCGAUCUGCACCUCUGCAGGUUCCUGGGAUUUUCCAUGGUCUUUUUCGGGCUCUCCCCGCUGCUGCUGGGAGCCACCAUGGCAGUGGAGAGGUUUCUGGGCAUAAACAAGCCCUUUCUGCGUUCCACCAACGCCUCAAAACGACGGGCUUGGUGCUCGGUCUUCUUCGUCUGGCUCUUUGCCUUCUGCAUCGCCAUCCUGCCCAUUUGCGGCCUGGGGCAUUACGUGCACCAGUGGCCCAAUUCCUGGUGUUUCUUCAACAUGACAAGCAACUCAAAUGAUGUUGCAUUUUCAAUACUGUUUUCUAGCGUUGGCAUGUUAUCUCUGGCACUGUCUGUUAUCCUGAAUACAAUCAGCGUGGUAACACUGUUCAAAGUAUGCUUCAGGAAACUCGGUGUUGAAAGGAGGAGAGAUCACGAAGUUGAGAUGAUGGUCCAACUCCUGGGUAUAAUGAUCAUCGCCACAGUCUGCUGGGCUCCACUGUUUAUAUUUAUCUUCAACAAGAUCGCGAUGGAUUUGCCCAACAAUAUCAAGCAGGGUAAACAUCUAAUUAUCUGCAUUCGAAUCGCCACGUGGAACCAGAUCCUAGAUCCCUGGGUUUACAUAUUGUUUAGGAGAUCAGUUCUGAGGAAGUUCAACCCAAGUCUACGAUCAAGACCUUCAAUAUCAUCGUUAUAUCCCACUAUGAAUGCAUCAUACAGUAGAAGAUUCACACAAGGCUCAGUAACAACCUCCUAGUACACAGUUAUGGCUGAACGGACUGCCGCCAAACUAAACUUUAGAUAUACUUAUUUGUAAAUAAUGUAUUUUAUAUUAUAUUAAAGCUUUCUUCUUUGUAAUAUGUGUAACAUUGAUUGCAAACAAUAAUUGUUACUUUAAGACUGUCAAGCCCCUUUAAGAAUUGUGUUCUGUGACUAAUUGUUCCCGUUGAUUGGAACAUCAUGUAACCCUGCUCAUCUGUAUCCACCUAUCACAUGCCAGACUUUGUCCCGGACCGACCUCUCUCCCCCCUACCACAAUCAGUCUGGGGAAGGGUCCUGACUGGAAAUAUUUCCUAACUUACUCCAGCACUUUGUUCACAAGUUCACAAGUUUUAGGAGUAGAAUUAGGCCAUUCGGCCCAUCGAGUCCACUCUGCCAUUCAAUCAUGGCUGAUCACUCCCUCCUGCACCCAUUUUCCUGCCUUCUCCCCAUAGCCCUUGACACAUGUUCUAAUCAAGAAUAUGUCUAUCUCUGCCUUAAAAAUAAUAUCCACUAACGUGUCUUUGUAUAUAUAGUGAGUUUAGGUUGGAUCCACACCAUAGGAACAGGCCCUUCAGAUCACCGAGUCCGUCAAUCCCCAUCCACUCUAGUUUUGUGUUAUCCUAUUUCUUCAUCUACUCCGUUCACACUAGGGAACAUUUUACAGAGGCCAAUUAACCGACAAAUCUGCACUUCUUUGAUAUGUGGGUGGCAACCAGAGCACCCGGAGGAAACCCAUUUGGUCUCUUAGAGGACAUGCAAACUCCACACAGAGAGCACCCGAGGUCUGGAUCGAACCCGGGAUCUUGUGAUGGGCGUUUGAUCAACAAUGCACAGCUUAUUUGAUCACUUUGUGUCACGGACAUUGUAGUGGAAUUGGUUAGAGGUUUUCAAAAAAACACAACGAUCACAUAUAUUCUUUUCAGGUAUCAGGAAAAACACAAUGUAGCCCAGUGACACUCGAACUCGACUGCGGCUGUAAAAAAAUGUCUAUAUUAAAAUGCUUUAUUUAAAUUCAGUUAUCAUUGGGUUACUGUUGGACAACGGAAAGACGGUAAUAAUGUGCCAUCAUCCUUUCUAUGGAGUUCUGGGGCAAGCUGUUCACAGUGAAGGUUCAAACUCGUUAUAUGUAUAGAACAGGGAACACAGAACAGUAGAACACAUGACCAGGCCCUUCGGCCCACAAUGUCUGUGACGAACAUGAUGCCAACUCUUAUUUGCCAGCACAUUAGUCAGAGUUGUACAGUGUGGAAACAGGCCCUUUGGCCCAACUUGCCCAGACUGACCAAUGUGAUCCAAGUGCCUCCCAUUUCCCACAUAUACAUGUGCCUAUCUAAAAGCCUCUUAAAUGCGACGUAUUAUUGUAUCUGCCUUCACCACCAGUCUCGGCAGCGCAUUCUAGGCACCCACCACCCUCUGUGUUAAAAAACUUGCCCGCGCAACCUUUCCCCUCUCACCUUAACGCUGUGUCCUCUAGUAUUUGAUAUUUCGACCCUGGGGAAAAAAGGUUCUGAUUGUUUCCCCGAUAAAUGCCCCUCAUAAGUUUAUAUACUGUUCUAGGUCUCCACGCUACCUCUUGAGUUCCAGAGAAAACAAUCCCAGUCUGUCUAAUUCAGGCAUCAUUCUAGUAAACCUCCUCUGCACUCCUUCCAAAGCUACCACAAUCUGUCCUAUAAUGGAUCGACCAGAACUGCACAUAAUACGUCAAAUGCGGCCUAACCAACGUCCUAUAAAGCCACACCAUGACCACCUGACUCAUACUCAACGCACAGACCUCUAGUAUUUGAUACUUCCACCCUGUGAAAUAGGUUCUGACCAUCUAUCCUAUCUAUGCCUCUCAUCAUUGUAUACACUGUAGUUUAGUUCAGUUUGGGCCCUUCAGCCCACCGAGUCAGCACUGACCAGCAAUUCCCGCACAUUAACACUACCUUGCACACAAUAGGGACAAUUUACACUUAUGCCAAGCCAAUCUACCUACCAGCCUGUACGUCUUUGGAGUUUGGGAGGACACCGAAGAUCUCGGAAAAAAACCUAGGCGGUCACGGGCAGAACGUACAAACUCUGUGCAGACAGCACCUGUAGUCGGGAUUGAACCCGGGUUUCUGGCGCUGCAAGCGCUGUAAGGCAACAACUCUACCGCUUGGCCUCUUCUAGCAGGUCUCCCCUCAACCUCCAGUGAUCCAGAUAAAACAAUCCAAGCUUUCCUUUAUUGAUCUUCAAAAAAACAAACCAUGGUUUGGGAUUUUUAUGGCAUAGCCAUGCAAUUUGUACUAAAGAAAAGCCUUGAAAACAAACCAUUUGUACUGAACAGUGGGAGGUAAAAUACAAAACACUCUAUUUUCUUGUGAUUAGAUUGAUGGAAAUAAACCAAAAAAUUAUAAUGAUGUAAUUGUUUCAGGUUUUCCCUAUUAUAAUGAUAUAUGGCUCCUGCUCAAGCUCUUGACUGGUUUUGAUGUGAACUUGAAUAAUAUUUAAAUCAUAUCUAUUAAUGGUCAUAUUCCCAAAUCAAGAUUCAAGAUUCAAGAUUCAAGAUUCAAGAGAGUUUAUUGUCAUGUGUCACAGAUAGGACAAUGAAAUUCUUGCUUUGCUUCAGCACACAGAAUAUAGAGGGCAUGAAUACAGAACAGAUCAGUGUGUCCAUAUACCAUUGUAUAAAUAUAUACACACAUCAAUAAAUAAAACAGAUAAAGUGCAAAUAAACAGAUAAUGGUUUAUUAAUGUUCAGAGUUUUGUUUGAGUUGAGUUCAAUAGCCUGAUGGCUGUGGGGAAUAAGCUGUUUCUGAACCUGGACGUUGCAGUCUUCAGGCUCCUGUACCUUCUACCUGAAGGUAGCAGAGGGAUGAGUCUGUGGCCAGGAUGAUGUGGGUCCUUGAUGAUACUGCCAGCCUUUUUGAGGCAGCGACUGUGAUAGAUCCCCUCGAUGGUAGGGAGGUCAGAGCCGAUGAUGGACUGGGCAGUGUUUACUAUUUUUUGUAGUCUUUUCCGCUCCCGGGCACUCAAGCUGCCGAGCCAAGCCACGAUGCAACCGGUCAGCUCUCUACUGUGCACCUGUAGAAGUUAGAGAGAGUCCUCCUUGACAAUCCGACUCUCCAUAAUGUUCUCAGGAAGUAGAGGCGCUGAUGUGCUUCCUUUAUAAUAGCAUCAGUGUUCUCGGACCAGGAUAGAACUUCAGAGAUGUGCACGGCCAGGAAUUUGAAGCUCUUGACACUUUCCACCAUCGACCCGUUGAUAUAGACAGGACUGUGGGUCCCCAUCCUACCCCUUCCAAAGUCCACAAUCAGUUCCUUGGUUUUGCUGGUGUUGAGGGCCAGGUUAUUGUGCUGCCACCAUUUGGUCAGUCGGUCGAUCUCUCUUCUAUACUCUGACUCGUCUCCAUCAGUGAUACAUCCCACAACAGUUCACUUUGUUUUCAACUUUAUGGAAAUGGUUAUCAGACCAAAAAUGUACUUUAAGACUGUCAAAUAUGCAGAAAUGUGCUGCCAGGGCUUCUGGAAUUGAUUUUAACUUGGCAUUCUAGGAUUAAUGAGGUACUAAUGGUUUCUGGUUUCAAUAAACUUGCUGUUCCAUUUUAUACCAGGUUUGGGCUCUUGCCAUUUUGAAAUGGGAUCAGAAUAUUUUCAACGUAGAACCAGGCACUGCAAUUGCUGGUUUACACGAACGGACACAAUGUGUUGGAGCAACGCAGUGGGUCAGGCAACAUCUCUGGACAACAUGAAGAGGUGACAUUUUGGGUUGGGACCUGCCUUCACUCUGAAGCAAAGAUCCUAUAGCGAGCAAGAUGGUCCACUCGACGAAAAAGACGUAGUACAGUCAUGGGCAGAUUCAUGGGUAAUUUAAGGCCCUAUUUCCGUAACCGGCUUCCGUCUCCGCACCAAAGAUCCCGUAGGACACUAGUGCGGAGACGGAAGCCGGUUACAGAAACAUCCCCGUAAAAAUAAAAGUUAUUUGGUAAAAAGCUUCUCAUUUUCAGAAUUUUAAUUUAUUAACACAAACUGUUCCCCCAUAAACGUUGAUUACACUGCGAGUCGGCUCCCGUCCGGUUACGGAAAUGAAUGAAAAAAAGGCCCACGUUCCGUUCCGUUCCGUUGCGUACCACAUGUCAGCCCAUUGCAUUUAGCAUGAGUGGUCUAUCUUGCUCCGCUAUAGGAACUUGGCUCUGAAGAAGGGUCCCGACCCGAAAUCCAUGUUUUCCAGAGAUGCUGCCUGACCCGUUGAGUUACUCCAGUACUUUGUGUCCUUCAAAAUAGUUUAAUGAGUCUUAUGAGAACAAGAAGCUCAGUGCCCAGCAAGUAUUCAAUGGUUCAAUGGGUCCUUUAUUAUCACGUGUAUCAAGGUGCAGUGAGAUGCUGUUUUUACAUACAGACGAGUAAGAUUAUUGUCAUGCAUUAAGUACAAACCUCAGUUAAGCAUAUAGUGCGUAGAAACAUCCCAUUGAGUGUACA